UCGCGUUACAUCAGCACUGAGCUGGGUAUUCGGGAGCGUUUGUUUGUCGGAGUUCUCACAUCAAAAACUACUCUCAACACUCUGGCUGUCGCUGUGAACCGCACAAUUGGUCACCACAUUGACAAGGUCCUAUACUUCACCGGCUCCAGGAGCCGGAAGAUUCCGCACGGAAUGUACAUUGUAACCCACGGUGACGAGCGGCCGAUCUGGAACAUGUACCAGACAGUAAAGUAUAUCUUUGAGCAUUUCAGCAGUGAGUACGACUGGUUCUUCCUCAUCCAGGAUGAUUCCUACACUGAGAGUGAUCGCAUCAAACGUCUAGUGAACCACCUCAGCAUCAACACUGACCUGUACAUGGGCCGUCCCCAGGAGUUUAUUGGUGGUGAUGUAGAUGGUCGGUAUUGUCACGGUGGAUUUGGGUUCCUGCUGUCCCGCAGUCUCCUCAUCAAAUUGCAACCGCAUUUGGAAACCUGUCGGAAUGACAUCCUCAGCUCCAGGCCUGACGAGUGGCUGGGUCGAUGCAUCAUUGAUUAUGUGUCAGUCAGUUGUGUCAGUGAGUAUGAGACUCUGCACUACCGAUACUUUGAACUCGGGAAGAAUAGCGAGCUGGAAAAGGAGGAGGCUCCACAGUUCCGGAAUGCUUUCACCGUCCAUCCGGUCGUGGACCCUGUCCAGAUGUAUCGGCUACACAAACGUUACACUGAGCUGGAGCUGGAGAAAACUUACCGAGAGAUUGAAGAUCUCCAGGAUGAAAUCCGGAAUGUCAGUGGGCUAACGGCUGAGGGGGAGAAGUUCAGCAGUUGGCCAGUGGGGAUUAACCCUCCUUUCGAGCCCCAUACUCGGUUCGAGGUCCUGCGCUGGGAUUAUUUCACUGAGGAGCAGCUCUUCUCGUGUGCUGAUGGCUCACCAAAGUGCGAGCUGCGAGGGAUCGACAAGGCAGAUGUCAGCAACAUCAUCGAAACGGCUGUGGAGGAACUGAACAAGAAGUACCUGCCCAUCCUGCAGCUGCAGAAGGAGCAGCUGGUGAAUGGUUACCGUAGGUUUGACCCUACAAGGGGCAUGGAAUAUACCCUGGACCUCCAGCUACAGGUGAUUACCCAGAAAGGCCACAGUCGCUCCAUCACCAAGAGAGUGUACCUGGUCCGGCCUCUCAGCAACAUCGAGAUCAUACCCAUGCCCUAUGUGACCGAGGCCACCAGGGUCCACAUCAUCCUGCCCAUCAGCGUCCACGAGAGGGAGCAGGCCAUUCGUUUCAUCGAGCAGUACGCUGUCAACACGCUGGAGAGUAACGAGAAUGCCAUCCUCACUCUCCUCUUCAUCUAUGACCCCUUUGAAGCUCAGAGGGUCAAUCAGAACGACAUCUUCAGCAGUGUCAAAGCCAAGAUCAUGGACUGUGAGAGGAAAUACCCAGAAUCAAAGAUUCCCUGGAUUAGUGUGAAGACUGACUCACCCUGCCAGCUGAAAAUCAUGGACGUCAUCUCCAAGAAGCACCCAGUCGACACCUUGUUUUUUGUGGCUGGCAUCAACAUGGAAGUGAACUUUGAGUUCCUCAACCGCUGUCGCAUGAACACCAUCAACCAAUGGCAAGUCUUCUUUCCCAUCCAUUUCCAGGAAUAUAACCCAGAGGUGGCCUAUCACAACCAGCCCCUGCCGCUCACCAUUGACCUGCUGAAGGAUUCCGGCCACUUUGACCGUGACUUCUUCGAUGCUGCCUGUUUCUACAACUCAGACUACAUGGCCGCGCGUGGGAGAAUGGCGUCCGAUGUCCUGGAGAAUGAGGAGAUCCUGGAGACGCUGGACCUGUACGAGAUGUUUGUGAGAUACUCCAACCUCCAUGUCUUCCGCGCUGUGGAGCCCGGCUUGAGGCAGAAAUACAACCAGCGGAUGUGUAACCCGCGAGUAAGCGAGGAGAUCUAUCACCAUUGCGUGCAGAGUAAUAUCCAAGCACUGGGCUCACGCUCCCAGCUCGCGGUGCUGCUGUUUGAGCAGGAGCAAGGCAAUAGCACCUGAGAGCACCAGGGGGAAGCAGGCAGCCAUUGGUCCAUGUUACUGUCCCAGCUGCUCGGAUCCUGCUCCCCUCACCCCGUGUCCCCUACUUAUUGAACUGAACAAACUAUUCACCUCCAAACAGACAGCACUAUCAUCAACAGCUCAAAGGGCCCCAGUCUGGUUCAACAACAUGGCCACCUUCUCUCAAGCUCCAUAAUGACCUGACCCAUUGGUAGACCUCGUGCACACACCGAAAAUCUAUUUUUGUAAAAAAGGAUGGGACAGUUUUAACUUUUGUUUCUUUCUCCCUAUCUAGCAGCAAGACUGUCUGUUUAACGGGAGGCUGUCUGAUCUGUGUAAUCCUGGUGGGAUGGGAGAGGGCUGGGGUGGGGGGAGCAGUUUAUAUGAGUGUGUAAUCAGAUGAGGGGACAGGGAGGAUGGAAGCGACAGGGGUGGAUGACUGGGAUACAGGGAGGGCAGGGAGAUGAGUGAAUGAUCAGAAGGAGACAGUGAUGUGGUAGAGGGUGUUGGGGAACACUGACUUUGGGAAUAACCUGUCUGUAAUGAAGCUGUGUGUGUGUGUGUGUGUGUGUGUGAGAGAGAGAGAGUGUGUGUGUGUGUGUGAGAGUGUGUGUAUGUGUAUGUGUGUGUGAGAUAGAGAAAA